UCUCUAAAUGAUAAUAGGUAUAUGAGAGUGACUGCAAUGUUUGAAAUGACGAAGCGAACACAAUGAAACCUCAAAAGUUACUUUCCAUAAACCCUAAACCUCCGAGUGUUUAAUCAAUUCUAUCACGGUAACUCAGCUCUUCUCUCCUGGUAAAUUCAGCCAACCGAACAAUAUUAUUCGGGGCCGCAUUCUCCGCCAUUAAAUGUCUCCGAAUUGACCAGGGGGACUGGUGAUUGAAGGCCUCUGGGAGUCAUGGCCACGGUUCGAGACAUAGAUGACAUUGUUACAAAAUUAACAUCUGAUAAGGCUAAAACUCGGGAGGAAGGAAUUAAGGUUUUAAACAGCUAUUUGGAUGGAGGAAGCUGUAGAAGCUUCUGUUUGCUGCUUGAUCAACACACUGUUAAGCUUCGGCCACAGGAGAUACCUCGCAGUGCUUCAUGGCCUUUUCUUCUUGGGGUCCUUUACAAGUGCAUUGUGACAGAGGUUUCAUUGAGCAAGAAGAGAGGACCCAAGCUUAUCUUGGCAAAAACUAUUAGAAAUUUUGUGCAACAUGCAGAAGAUGUUAAGCGUUCAGGUAAAACACUCUUACUACUACGAGCUAUUAAGGUAUUUUUCAAUCACAUAUGGGAAGUCAUACGUGAUGUACCAAGUUUUCAAUCUGAGUACAGUAACAUGCUCAGACAAUUAUUAGCUGUGUCAGAGUAUCGUAUGCAAAUGAGGAAAAAGGUUUACUCAGGUCUAGUGCUUUUCUACUUGGACAAGAUAAAGACAGUUGUGUGUGAUACAUUAGCUGAGCAUUCUGUAUCCAAGGAAGAACUAUUUCGCUAUACAUUGACACUGCAUUCUCUUUUAGAAAACUCCCCUGGUGAUUUCCCAGUUGAUCUACGGGGAGCUCUGAUACAGGGAUUUAUUGAGAUAUUCUCACAUUUAAGGGAUGAAGGCAAGAUUGCAAGAAAGCUUCUUGGUUCUUUAAAUUCCUUCUUAGUGAAAGAUGGCCCUAAUAUUGGGUUGUGUGCACAUGAAAUUCAUGCCGCUGCACAAGACUUCAUGGUUCGCUGCUGGCUAACAACACAUGACCGCUCAUUGAAGGAUGGACUUUUUCUUUAUGCAAGGAUACAGCUAAAACUCAGAGGUAUUCUUUCCGAUGGAGGAGCAGCUAUUGAACAAUUGUUAGACCUUGUUGUGAAGGAAUUGGACCAGAACAACAUCACUGCACCUGCAGCUUUUCGAAAACAUGACGGCUGGAAUUAUGAUGGAGCAAGAGAUGAAAAGCUUGGGACUAUUACAAGGUCACAGCGUAGCUUAAUGGAACUUGCAGCCACAGUCUUGUAUGAGGCUUGUGUCAAAGUUGAUCAGGGUUUAUCUGCACCAAAACGACAAAAGAAGGAGAAUAUGGAUUCAAUUGUAAGGGAUCGGCUUAUUAAAGCAAGAUGGCUGUGGCAUGGAGCAUUUUGCCUGUUGAUUCGCAAUCAUUCUGCUGACCUUCCUAAGCCCAUUAUACUUGACUGGUUUUGUGGCAUAUCAUUAAACUUGGAGAGGAUACUGAGUGAUGGUGUUAAUGACCAUGUAUAUGAUGGUCCUUUGUGGACAUUGAGAAGCUUGCAGGAACUAUGUAUUACGUGGCCAUUCAUUUUCCCAAGGGUGAAAUCAUGUCAUCAAUCAAGUAUUAUCACUAUUGAGGCUAAAGAUUGUUGGCAGAUGAUAUGGAACAGUUUGAUUCACUGGUUACCAUCAUUCAGCAACAUGGGUAUAAUGAUAGAUGCUACUUUCAAGCUUCUUGGUCAUUUGAUAUCCCAGAAUCUUUUGCCUAUAUAUUCUGUGCCUCGAGACUUUUGGGACUUUCGGCUAUUUUGUGAAGAGCCUUCAGGGAGCCUUUUGUAUUUCACUGCAUCUUUCUUCUCCUGUGCAAGUUGUCAGGUUACUCAUGGAGAUGUUCUGCAUCUGCGUAGGAAGCUCUUGAAGUGGAUUUCAAAGGUUUUAGACUCUUUGGAUCAACUUGGGACAAGUAAAGAAUUGGCUGUGAUGUUUUUUAGUGCGAUCUUUUCUAUUUGUGUUGGUUGUGUCCCCUCUUUCCCAUUUUCAGAACUUGAUCCUGUCAAGCUGGUUAAAAUGCAUAUUUCUAGAAAAAUGGAAGACUGGGCUGAGCUAGAUGAGGAAGAGAAAUCCCAAGAAGAUCAGUUUCUAGUAUUAGACCAUUCUGAGCAAAUAUUAGCAGCUUCUGGGGUUCACAAUUCCAUUCAGAUGUGCGAGGAGACAAAUGGGAUGAUUUCCUCGAGCAUUCUACUUCCUGAAUCACUGAGGGAUCCCCUUUUAAAUGAGAUGGAAUCCUGUUUACUUGGAAAGCUAUCUUCAGAUGUUUCAGAGAAGCAGAUAUCCCUAACAUCAUUGUUCAAUAUUUGUACAGUUAUAUCAGCUUUGAUGUAUGGAUCAUUCCAUAUGAAUUUCCACAGGUAUAAUAGAGUUUGUGACUCUUCCCAGAAAACAAUGCUGGAAAUUUUAAGUAAAGCUAUGGAUAAAUGUAUUAUCAUGAUUGAGGCCUAUGUGCAUUCCCUUGAGGAAGGCCGAGAUUCUACAACUAGCUUUUCUUCUGGUCCAUUUUCAGCAAUAACACCUUCAACUCUAAUCGCUGUACAGAAGUUCUUGUCAUAUUUGCCUUCUUGCAAGUUAGAAAGUGUGGACAGUGUUUCCAUUGCAGAGCGAUUAAGUGGAUCUGUUAUUCCUUUUCUGGAGCGGCUUCUCCUCUCACUAUCUAAGCUAUUUGAUGUGGCUUCUGGUGUUCUACAGACAAAAGAGUUUUUUCAUAAUUCUGGUGAAGGAUUGGAUAGUGGAACAAAUAAUGACUUGGGUAGUACUUCAUUCAGAGAAGGAAGUGAUAGAGCCAGAAUUGUUGAUGAGGAGUUGGACAUGGACAAGGACCUGAAACCAGUGUCUGUGGGUGCUCAGAAAGAUGGGGAUAUCACUUUUGUUGGAGUAAAGAGUGUGCCUGGGAUUUGUUUCUCUUCUCUACAGUGGAAGACAAACAUGCUUUCCAUAAUUUCAAGCUUUUACUUGGUUCUUCCACAGCUAACUUGUGAUAGUUUGGCAAGUCUUCUUAGAAAUGAAAUGGAUCCUGAGGUUCAUGGAGAAAUACUUCUCAAUCUUUGCAAAUCUAUUUCACGAACUGCUUGUGAACAUGUUCCCUCUGUGGUUAAUGCAAUGAAUGACAUAAUUGAAGAUUGCCGUUAUUGUGAAUCUAGCUGUUAUUAUAUACUUACUGCAAUAGACUUUCUACUUGAAAGCUUGCUAUCUCUGAAGGAAUGCAGAAACAGUGGAGACAUGGAGCUUUUGAAAGAAUCCACAAAGGUUAAAAUCUCAGCAAAGGAGCUAAAAAGUCUUGCGAGUAUGGUAAGCACAGUUGCACAAACAGGGUUGUUGAUGUGGACUACUCGUGUAAAGCUCAUAGACUGUAUAUGUGAUUUUGUAUUGUUUGAUCCACAUGUAGCUCAGCCCUUGACAGAGAGGCUUUUUCCAAUGCUUAGCGAUACUGACUACAGAGUGAGACUUAAAAUUUCGAAAAGUUUGAGUGUGCUUUUCCAGACAUGGAAUGGCCAUGAGGAACUUUUUCAAGAUGUUUGUUGUAAUUUUGGAGUGAAGCUGGUUACUGCCAAUAAAGAGAAAGUUGUUACAGCAAGGGAGGUUUUGGAGGCUGGAAUUCAAGCAGAACCAUUUAUGGAAACAGCUCUGGUGACUCUUGGACAGCUGGCACUAUCCAGUGAAAAAGUUGAGGAGGAGGCAGUUUUUAUGAUUUGUGCUGUGGCUGCAAUAAAUCCUUCACACAGGUUAUUGAUAUGUGCUAUACUUGAUCGUCUUGCAAAACAAAUUAAUUACGUUACGAGGUUCAAGUAUCUGGAGCAACUAAUGAGGUCGAUUCUCUCCCGUUGGAUAAAAGCACAAUUGAACCUAGCUGCUUUAAUAGAGAUGAGGGAUCUCUUCAUUGUUAAGGGAGAACCACAGGAUUUUAUACAAUUUUGUUGUCCAAUGCUUCUUCCUCCAUUGAUUUUGAAAGGAAACGAGUCCGAUUUAAACUGGAUUGCAAUGGUUGCUUCUGAACCUGUGGCAGCUUUAGUAAAGCAUCAUUUUGCAUCAAUUUUUGCUGCAUGCCUACCUUUACAUUGUGGUAACAAGAAAGGUGAUCAGGAGAAGGCUGUAGCUGUUCUUCAGGGCUUCAUCCUGCGAGUAACAAUGAUGUCAGAAGAUGAGAGAGAUGCUCUGAUAAAGAAACAGAUGAUGGCAAUAGUGAGCUCAUUGAUUGACCUUUGUCAUUCGGGAUCUGAGCCUCAGUUUCCUUACUUUUCCAAAGAUACCAUUGUUUUGGCAAUUCAAACUGUUGUUGAUGGUUUUUUGGAAACUGAUCAGCUUGCUUCUUACAGUGGCGUAGUAGAUAAGAUUAACAUUUUCCGACCUGAUAGAGUAUUUAUGUUUCUGUUACAGAUACAUUAUCAAAUUGAUUCAGCUAUUCAUCCACGGCACCGCUGCCACAUGUUAGCUAGACUUGGUGUCCUUAUUGAUGUGAUCAGGCACAGAACUUCUAUUCCUAGCACUUGUCGUUACCUAUUUCACAUUAUACUUCAAUCGCUAAGAUUCCAACAGCUACAAGACCAAUGCUGUCAUUUGCUGUCAUCUUUAUUUGACAUUUUUCAAAUGCUGCCUUUGAAGGACAUCUCUCAUGUAUUGGGUGAUCAACUUAAGUGGGUUGUACCAAAACUUGUAGCAUGCUGUGUUAGCUCUGAUAUUAGUAAAUCUGGAGAUGGUGGUUUAAAUUCGUCUGGUUGUUUAUUAGCGUUGGUUCAUCGAUUGACAGUGGAUGCUGAUCGUUCAUUUCAUGAUUAUAUUAGAGAACUAGAUCCUUUCCCUGAUUUGGAGUGCUUUCAAUGCAUAAGGAAUUUCCAUCAGGAGCUUUGUUUUGGCCAGACAUCGGCUAAUGAGUUUAUCAAGUUUGUCGAACGUAUAUCAAGUCUGCCUCAAGAGUUACGUCUCAGGAGUAUGCAGAGACUUCACAGUAAAUUGCAAGCAAGGGAAAUAAUUAUCUUAAAGGAUGGAGUCGAUAUGGAUUCUCACAAGUAUGGAGAAUGGCCAUGUGACCCUGGUGUAGUCUCAGCUGUGUGGAGGCUAGUUGAGUUAUGUGAUGAUGAUGAUGCUAGUGAUAUGAGAGAGUUGGCGGCAGAUUUUAUUGCAAGGGUUGGUGUUGGUGAUCCAUAUGCUGUUGUUUUUCACUUGCCAAAUGAUUGCAAGGAAAAUGUCUUUUGUUCGCUAGAUGGAAAAAAUGGCACUACUUAUGUGAGCAUCAAUCAUAAUGAGGGUGUCUGUGAAGAGCUUGUGAGAGCUAUCGUUAAACAUCUACAGAAAUACAUAUUGGAUGAUUCAGUGAAGAUAGUGGAUCUCUCAGCAAAAUGUCUCCGGGGUUUACUUUCAACUGAGAAAGGUCAGAAGGCUCUUCGAUCUUUUGGAUCUGUUGCAAGAUCCUACAUUGGGGUGCAAACAAGAGGUGUUGAUUUGAAGCUUGUAGAAAGCCUAUUAAUAGAAAUACAAUCAAAAUUAACUAAUAAAGUUAUUCCUUUAGAAGCUGCAUGUCUUUGGCAAACUCAUGGGAAAACAUUUGAGGAGUGGAUCUGCACACUUGUCUAUUCUCUCAUACAUCAUACUGAUGAUAUAAUUCUACGGUUGUGUCAAGAUAUUGUUCAGGUUAAAGCACCUCUUGCAGAACUUGUUUUUCCACAUGUCCUUGGUAAUUUAGCUGGGAGAAGUGAUAUGAGCACCCAUGUUUGCAAGCUGGUUUCUACUCAGGUCAAAGAAAAUAUUUUUACCGAGUCAAAUGAAAAUUUAAGAUCAAUCCAAGUGGUUUUGGAUGCAAUGAAUGAGUUUCGCCUUCGCUAUGUUUUGGAGAGGGCAACGUCAACAUCAGAAUCUACAAAAAGGAGAGAUACAUCAAAGAGCCCUUGCCUUCCUUCAAGUAGCAGUUCUAGGUCUUCUCGAAGUUCACAAAAAAAGAAGUUGGAUGCAUCAACUCCAAUAAAAUCAAAUGUUGACACAUGUAAUGAUUGGGAGAAGGUCUACUGGCUACAAAUAGACUAUCUUCUAGCAGCAAAGGCUGCAAUACAAUGUGCUGCUUAUUUCACUUCUGUUUUAUAUGUUGAGCACUGGUGCGAAGAGCACUUUGAAAGUCUUACAUUAGGUGAACCAGACUUCUCUCAUCAUGAACAGUUGCCAGCUCAUGUGGAAUUACUGAUGAAAGCAACAACAAAAAUUAAUGAGCCUGAUGGCAUCUAUGGCAUUCGAUCACAUAAGUUGGCUUCACAGAUCCUUACCUAUGAGCAUGAAGGAAACUGGAGCAAAGCUUUUGAGAAUUACGAUUUGGUGCUAAGAACAACAGGAAAAGAUCUUACAGCUGGAAAAUUGAGUGGGAGCUCUCUAAAACAUGCUCGUUCUGGAUGUACAGGCCAAACUUUGACAUUUGGAAACGAAUUUUCAGAUUGGAAUUAUCACAAAGGCCUGAUUAAGUCAUUGCAACAAACUGGCUGCAGCCAUGUGCUUGAUCUUUAUUGUCAGGGCUUGGCUGCUAAAGAAGACUUCCUACAGCAGGACUUAGAGUUUAUUGAAUUGCAGUAUGAGGCAGCCUGGCGAGCAGGGAAAUGGGAUUUCUAUUGCAUUUCUCCUGAGCUAAGCUCUAUCCAAUCCAGUGGCCAAAUUAGCAGGAAAAAAAAUACUUUCAAUGCAAAUUUACACAGUUGUCUGAGAUGUCUAGAUGAAGGAGAUGCCAAUACUUUCCAGAUGAAGCUGAAAGAAUCCAAGCAGGCUUUGGUUUCAUUCAUCUCUCAGACAAGCAGGGAGAGUACUCAGCAUAUCCACUCUGUCAUAGUCAAACUACAGAUUUUAGAUCAGCUUUCCCAGGCAUGGGGAAUUCGUUGGAGGCAUCUAAAUAAUCAUAUUGGAGGUCACAGUGAACCAAAGAACACUCAACUAUCUGGGCCUUUGGUUCCAUCUACCGAGCAGUUAAACUUGCUUAAUGCAGAUUGGCGAUAUAUUUUGAAACAGAUGCAAUUGCACUUUACUCUACUGGAACCAUUUGUUGCAUUUAGGCGGAUAUUAUUUCAAAUAUUAGAUUGCAAACAAUGCAUUCCAGAGCAUCUUCUUGAGUUUGCAACCCUUUCCCGUAAGAGUGGAAGAUUCAGUCAAGCUGCAACAGCUGUACAUGAAUUAAAGCUCAUCUGUGCUAAGAUGGAAAAUCAAAAGGAAUUUUCAACAGUAUGCCCAUUAGGAAGGAUUGAAGAAGCAAAGCUUUUGCGGGGUCAAGGUCAGAUUGAUAUGGCCAUUAAUCUUACAAAAUACAUUAUAUUACAUUAUGAUAUAGGAGAUGAAUCAGCAGAUGUAUAUCGUUUGACUGGGAAAUGGUUGGCAGAAAGUCAAUCUAGCAGUUCACGGAAUAUCUUAGAGCAGUACUUGAAGCCUGCAGUUGAGAUUGCUGAAGUAAACCAUACUAUAAAUAAGCAAAAAUGGAAUGAUAGGCAGUGUCGAACACAUUUCCGACUUGCACACUAUACUGAUGCUCUUUUCCGAAGUUAUGAAGAACGGCUUGCUUCUAGUGAAUGGCAAACUGCACUUCGACUCAGGAACCAUAAGGCCAAAGAGUUGGAGGCUCUUAUGAAAAGAUUCAAAAGUUUAACAAAGGGUGAAAGAGCAGACUAUGGUGGAAAGAUUAUUGAGCUGCAGAAACAUGUUUUAAUGGACACAGAGGAGGCUAAAAGAUUGCAGGUUGAUAAGGAUUCUUUCCUAUUCUUGGCAUUGGAGAGCUACCAGCGUUGUUUGGUCACUGGAGAGAAGUAUGAUAUGAGAGUGGUAUUUCGACUUGUCUCGUUAUGGUUCAAUUUUUCAUCAAAUCAGAAAGUAAUCCAUUCCAUGGUCAACACAAUAAAAAAGGUUCAAUCAUAUAAAUUUCUUCCAUUAGUGUAUCAAAUUGCAUCAAGAAUGGGCAGUUCAAAGGACAGUCAAGGACUCCAUAGUUUUCAGUUUGCUUUGACGUUUAUUGUUAAAAAAAUGGCACUUGAUCAUCCACAUCAUACAAUAUUUCAGCUUCUAGCUCUGGCCAAUGGAGACCGUAUCAAAGACAAACAAAGAAGUAAGAGUGCAUUUGUGAUCGACUUGGACAAAAAACAUGCUGCAGAGGACCUUCUGAAUGACCUUUCAUCUCAUCACCAGGAGCUUAUUCAACAGAUGAGGCAAAUGGUAGAAAUAUACAUCAAACUGGCAGAACUUGAAACCAAGAAGGAGCAGGAUAAAAAGAUAGAUCUACCGAGGGAUAUACGUAGUGUUCGACGACUUGACCUGGUUCCAGUGAUAACUGCUACUCUUCCAGUUGAUCGAAGCUGCCAAUAUCCAAAAGAGUCUUUUCCUCACUUCAAUGGCUUGUGUGAAAGUGUAAUAGUAAUGAAUGGAAUAAAUGCUCCAAAGGUGGUUGAAUGUCUUGGCUCUGAUGGUUGCAAGUAUCGUCAACUAGCAAAAUCUGGCAAUGAUGAUCUUAGACAAGAUGCGGUAAUGGAACAAUUUUUUGGUCUAGUAAAUACUCUUUUACAGGAUCACUCUGACACACGAAAGCGGCAUCUUAAGAUCCGCACUUACAAGGUAGUCCCAUUUACCCCAAGUGCUGGGGUUCUGGAGUGGGUUGAUGGUACAGUUCCACUUGGUGAAUAUCUUAUUGGAAGUUCCCGUAACGGAGGAGCACAUGGGCGGUAUAGAAAAACUGACUGGCCAUUUCUUACAUGCCGAGACCACAUGAUGAUGGAAAAGGAUAAACGAAAAGCUUUUCAAAACGUAUGUAGAAAUUUCAGGCCAGUGAUGCACCACUUUUUCUUGGAAAGAUUUUCUAGACCAGCCGACUGGUUUGAGAAGAGAUUGGCUUAUUCAAGGAGCGUUGCAGCUAGCUCCAUGGUUGGCUACAUUGUGGGCCUUGGCGACAGGCACUCAAUGAACAUUCUCAUUGAUCAAGCAACUGCAGAAGUAGUUCACAUUGACCUUGGUGUAGCCUUCGAGCAAGGUUUAACACUCAAGACUCCUGAGCAGGUUCCUUUUAGGUUGACAAGUGACAUAGUUGAUGGUAUGGGAGCCACUGGGGUGGAGGGCGUGUUUAGAAGAUGUUGUGAAGAAACGCUAUCUGUGAUGAGAACAAAUAAAGAAGCUUUACUGACCAUUAUCGAAGUAUUCAUACAUGACCCUCUUUACAAAUGGGCUCUUUCUCCUCUGAAAGCACUGCAGCGACAGAAGGAAAGCGACGAUGAUUAUACUUCAGAUGUGGAGAGUCCUGAUGAUGAAACUGAAGGGAACAAAGACGCAGCUCGUGCACUGAUGCGUGUCAAACAAAAGCUAGACGGUUAUGAGGAAGGGGAAAUGAGAAGCAUACAAGGACAGGUUCAGCAGUUGAUUCAGUAUUCCAUGGAUUCAGAACGUUUGUGCCAGAUGUAUCCAGGAUGGGCUGCUUGGCUAUGAGGUUGUAACUAUAUAAAUAUUUAUUGAUGAGAGUGUUGAUAUGCCACCAGUGUAUAGCGGCCUUAUAUUGAAAUGUAAAUUUUGAGUCAAAGCGGUGGUUAAAUGAUGCAGUCUCUGAAGUGGAUGUAGUUAAUUCUGUUGAUGAAAUUCUGUUAUCUUUUAAGCUUGUCUGUAUUUGUCAAAUUCAUUUGUAGUCCAACAUUGACUAGAUGAAAAGCAAACCUUUAAAAUAAAUCCCUGGAUCUUAAUUUCUA